GAUGCAGUUAAAGAAAGUUGCUUUCAUGGAGACCAGCUGUAGUCAAUUCAAAAUCAACGCAGUAAACAGCACAUCCAAUGGCAACCAACCUCUCGAUGGCCUGCUAUCUGAAGAUGGACAAGAGUGGAUUUCGCAUGGUACUCAACAGUCCCUUUCAAGUGAUUUCACCAUGCAGAUAACGUUCUGUUCUAACCAGUACGGAAGUUUCAACCAGGCGGUCGUCUUUGAUCUGGGCCAACGCCCCUUCCUGUUUUGCCCUUUACAUGUGGAUGUAGCUAUGAAGACUGACUUAGAUUGUCUGACCGAGUUAAGAGAUACGUUCACACUGCUCGGAGCCUCGUGGGCAAAUCAAGGGAAAGUGGUCCAUUUCCUCGAAGAAGCAGGCACUGAUCAAGACGAAGAAGAAGAGCUGAGAAGAAGAUACACGUUGACGUCAAACCCAGAGAAUCUCGUGACUCUGAAAAUCUUCAAGGACGAAAUGCUCACCAAGUCCAACUACAAGCAGCGUCAGCAUCAGCUACUGUUCAUAGAGGAGGCUGAGCAAACGAAGCAUGUCAGAAGGUUGACCCUACAGACAAUGGGAAGCGUCUCCGACACGAUGGAGAAGAUAUUCACCGACUCAACGAAGGUGGAGUUUGCACAGGGUGGAGAGCGCUUCAUCCAGAUCUUCUUGAAUGAAGACUUGUCUGAGGAUACGCCACAGGGGUACCUCCUAACACGGAGUCUGUCACCAAAAGCUCAAGUUAUCAUCCAUACAGAAUGUUUCGAUCAGGACGCCUAUGAAGUUUGGGUUGAGUGGACGACAAAGGACAGCAUAUGGCUUAGGAUUCCAUCUUCUGUCUGCCAACACUUUGGUCUUGAACAAGUCACAGAAGUGAGCAUGGAAGUUCAAUUCAUGCUCGAUCGAUCGCCAAUGUUGUUCCGACACUGCGCAGUGGACACCAUGAAAGAUCCAACGUUGGUGUUUCCAGACAACCCAAAUGUCUCCAAGCGGUUUUGGAAAAACCUUCGUAAGGAGAGCCUUGACCCUCCACAUAGGCUGAACGACAAGCAAAGGGAGGCGUUUGCUAAAAUUACAGCUCCUACAGAAAGGUUCAUCCCUCCUCUACUCCUGAUCGGACCAUUCGGCACGGGGAAAACCUUCACCAUAGCAGCAGCUGCUUCUGUUGCAGCCAGGCAGGAUGACAGCCGUAUCCUCAUUUGUACCCACACUAACGACGCAGCUGAUCUGUACAUUCGGAAAUACUUGAAGACAGAAGACAUUUCUGAAAGCCGUACUCUGCGCAUCUACUACAAGAAAAGAAAGAAGACAACAGUUCAUGAUGACGUCCUGAGGCAUUGCGUCAUGAACGAAGACGGGACGUUCCGUUAUCCGACCAGAGAUGAAGUUGCAGCAGCUAAGAUUGUCAUCACAACGCUCAGCCUGUCCUUGGUGCUGGAGAGAGAGGUAGGCCUGGAUGCCGGGUUCUUCACACACAUCAUGGUGGAUGAAGCUGCGCAGGCGCUGGAGUGUGAGGCGAUCACCCCACUCAGCUUAGCUACAGCCAAAACCCGUGUGGUUUUAACUGGUGACCAUAUGCAGUUGAGUCCAAAGGUCUUCUCCAACUUUGCCAGAGAGAAAGGCUUCCAUCAGUCCCUGUUAGAACGUCUGUUCUACCACUACCAGCAGAUGGUACCUGAUGAUGACCUGCACCCAUGUAUUACGUUACUGCAUGAGAACUACAGAUGCCACAACGACAUCCUCAAAUUUCCGUCUAAGGUUUUCUAUGGCGGAAAAUUGAUUUGUCGCAGUGAAGCAAAGAAACACCCAACUGUACCUUCGUUGGCAUUUUACACAGCUUAUGGCCUAGAUUCUGCAGAAAAUGCGACCACUUCAUUCUACAAUGACGCUGAGGUGUGGGAAGUUGCUGACCGUGUAGAGGCUCUCUGGAACUCGUGGCCAGAAGCGGAGUGGGGAGAAAAGGACGACUCAUGUAUGGAACAGAUAGGCAUCGUUACACCCUAUCAAGAUCAGGUGAACAGAAUCAGACUUGCCUUACGGAGGAAGGGGUUAGGAGGUGUAACAGUGGAGACUGUCACCAACGUUCAAGGCAAAGAGUAUCGAGCCCUUUUCCUGAGCACAGUGAGAACCCGAGUGACCUGCUGUGCUGAACAACAAAACCCACCCCAGGAAACCCCUGACUUCGGUUUCCUCUCAGAUCCAAAGCUUCUCAAUACCGCAAUCACACGUGCAAAGUCUUUUGUCGGUGUCGUUGGUGAUCCUAUAUCACUCUGCUCGGUUGGUAGCUGUAGUAAGAUAUGGUUUGAAUACAUUGAAGGCUGCAGCAAACACAGGAGCCUACAUGGAACAAGUGUUGACCAAAUCAAACACUACCUAGAUGUGCUAGAAAUGGAGGCAUCAUCUCUGCCUGUGGCUAGUGUCUUGCGCCCAGAGGCACCCAUCUUUGUUCCGCAACAGGGAGGCAUUUUCCAACCGCCACCGGUGGUGCAGGAUUCACACGCGAGGCAACAAAAGGGAACCAGGAAUCAAACACUGUUGCCACCUCCUAGGAAGGGGAAAUCUAAAAAGUCUACCCCGAUGAAAGAAAUCAAGCCUACAGUCCCCACAAGCAAGCCACCAGGAUGUGCCUCAGCAGACUCGCAGGGGCCUCAUUCAUCGAGCGGAGUCACAGAUGGUCAGAGUCAUUCACACAAAGAACUGAGGGUUCAAGGAGACUCUCUUACCCGCCAGCCUAAAGACGCUGCAAAUCAAGGAAUGGGAAGCGAUCUUAUCUCUGCUACAUUACAGAGACAAAUCAGCGAGGCAGAAUCCACAGCGGAAGAUGAUUUGAAUAGUUCAAGCUCCUCCGACAGUGAUGAGAUGAUCGAAAACCAAACAGGAGGAGGGCAAACUCAAAGCGCCAUGGAGAUGAAGACAGCACAAUACAUGUGCCAUACAGAAACAAGUUGUAAACCUGCAUUGAGCCCUGCAACGACUACACAGAAAGAAGACAGUGGGGGCGUAACAGAUAAUGCAUUUACUGAUGAUAAGGACGACAUUGUCAAAGAGUUGCAGAAACAGGUCAGAAGGGUGGAAGAUCCAGAAUACGCACAGAACAGGCUGUACGAAGAGGAAUACCCCAGGCCACGUGAGGCAUUAGGUACCGAUGAAUCAUGUGCACCUAGAUGGUCUGAUAGCAUAGGUAAAGGUGGAAAGGUGAAACACAAAACAUUGUUCAGUCUUGGCACAAGUAUUGUCUCUUCUUCAAAACGUGUGGUACUGUCAACAGAGGGGUACAGAGCCAGAUACACCUAUGCAGAGCUAGACGAAAGCUCUGAAAGACUCAGAGGAAGGUCACACGUUUACCAAAAGCACUUCCACGAGAACACGCUGUAUGAAGUUCUGGAAAAGAAACCCGAUAAAUAUGUUAAAUGUAGGGUCCAGAUGUCAAAGGCAAUUCCCGGAAAAGGGCAUGGUGUGAUGGAAGAUCCUGCAUCAAAAGAUAUUCAGCUGCACAAUCUGAAGAGACUAAAUCGUGCAUUCGAUGGGGAUGAGGUAGUCGUGGAAUUGGACACAGAGGAACACAAUGGAGAAGAAUUCAAAGAAGAAAAAACAAGAAGAGAGGGAAGCGUUGUUGGGAUACUGCGUCCUGCUGUUCCGCACGAAGAUCUGCAGUUUGUUUGCUACGUUGACGAUCAUGAUCCAAACGUUCUCAUUCCUGUGCAGAAAGGUGCUCCUAAAUUUCAGAACGUUGUCCCACAGGACAUGGAAGGUCCUACUGACUUCAUUCAACUCUAUGGUAUUACGGAGGACGGAAAACUGAAAUCCAAACAGCGUGUACCAUACCAUCUUGUCGCCAAACAAAGACGUCUCAUUGUGGUACGUUUUCUAAAAUGGGAACCACAUUUUGCCUACCCGCUCGGAUUCGCGACCAAAAUGAUGGAGCCAGGUGACAGCGAAGAUCAUGCCGUGAAUGCCCUGAUGGCGGACCACAUGAUACAAGAAACCUUCCCUCAGGAAGUGCUAGACCAUGUUGAUCGGAUGUUUCCCGAGGACCUUCCGGCAAACGACAGCUACCCUAACCGCAAGGACCUGACGGAUCUUGUAGCUGUAACUAUCGACCCUCUGGGAGCUCGUGACCUCGAUGACGCUCUAAGUGUGCAGCAACUCAAGAACGGGAAGUACGAGGUCAGCAUUCACAUUGCAGAUGUGUCCAAUUUCAUAAAGAAAGGCGACCCUGUUGAUCGCGAAGCUCUGGCACGAGGCACAUCCUACUACCCACACACAGCUGAGAAACCGAUGGUGCCAAUGCUUCCAUCUCAGCUAUGUACCAACCUGUUGAGUCUGAUACCAGAGGGGAAGAAGUACACCAUCACUGUCUGUAUGGAAAUUGACGAAAAAAGUGGAAAGAUCAGCAAGCCCCGAUUUUUCAGGAGCAAGAUCAGGUCUAAGGUACAGCUGACGUAUCAACAGGCGCAGAGCAUUCUCGAUGGAGAGACGGCGACAGAAGAAAGUAUUGACCGAGAUAUUGUUCUCAACAUCCAACGGCUUGGGCGACUCUCGAAGAUGCUGCGCAGCGAAAGGCUCAGCGAGCUAGCAUUCGUGCACAAAGAUAUGGAUGAAGACAUAGCAUGUUCUGAUGCGCAUUAUCUAGUGGCUGAGUUCAUGAUAUUGGCAAACAAAUUUGUAGCAGAACACGUGAUGGAGUAUUUCCCAUAUUGCACCUUGCUACGACGUCAGCUUCCACCGAAGGAUCACAAGAUGAUGGAAUGGAAAGACGCCCAUGGAGACACAGUGGAUAGGUCCCUUCUGCUGUCAAGAGAAAUAGAAAAGUACAACAGUCUAUGCAGCAUUACUGACACUGACGGAAGAGAAGAUCAGCAAUUCCAGGACAUGGGUGUCAUUAUCAUCCGACAGAUCAUCUGGACUAAAAUCAUCCAAGCAGCAGAAGAUGGCGACUUCGAAAAGCUGGAAAUGCUGGUACUUUUUGAUGACAACCACCCACAGCUAGCCGUUGCAAAUGGCCACUACCGCCGUAUUCAGAACCGCGCCAUGUAUGUCAGCUCUGGACAGUAUCCAGAUAAUCCCGAAAUGUACGGUCACUUCUCGUUCAACCUCCCUGCCUACACACAAUUCACGUCGCCCAUUCGACGGUACGCUGACAUCGUCGUCCACAGGCUUCUGGUUGCCGCCUUAACCGGGAGCACCUGUCCAUACGAACAGGAGGAAAUGGAAGAGCUAUGCGCGCAUCUCACACAGAAAUCCUGGAACUCAAAGGCGUUUGACAAGAGGGUGUUUUUGAUCAAGAUGGCUUUCAAGAUACAGGAAAGGCCGUUCGUUCAACAGCCAUUUAUCGAAGCCAUUGAUGAAAGACGACUCCACCUCAACUUCCCAGACUGCCAUAACAUCCCAGCUUUCAACCGAAUCAUCAACAUGGCACAUCUGCAACCCGACCAACAGCCAACCCGGGGUGAGGAAACGGUGACGUUUGUCUGGAGGCUACGCAUAUACGACUUUGCCAAGUUCAACCAAGAUUCCCACAGUUCGAACCCAAGCUUCUUGCCCGAUGACGAUGCUGUGAAGACUUGCACCUACACCAAGAGAAUUUCAUCUUCGACAUGGAAAGCAAUGGUUGAGGCAAUCAGAGAAAAGAACAUGGGUGCCAUAAAGCAGGUUGUGGAAACAGCAAACCAAAAGGAAGUCAACAAUGACAGCGAACAGCAGCGUUUGUUGGAGAUGAGCAGGGCCGAUGCAAAGAGCGCGGCUACAGGAGGUCUCCAAAGACUGGGAACAAAAGGUGUGGAAGAGGACUACGAGGAUGAACUUCUUGUUGAAGAGGAAGGCAACGCAACUGGAGGCUCAGAUCAAGCUGGGGGUGAUAAGAGCUCAGCUAAGGAGUUCCAAAGAUACAAUAAAACCAUUGAAGUGACAUACUCACCUUGUGACGUACUGCAGGUUCAACUGACAACAGAGAUGUACCGUGGACUUCUGACGCCAACUAUCCAACUGUUGAAGCUGACACCAGCUGUAGACAUAUGCCUGGAACAUCGCCGAGACCCGGUCCGAGUGUUCGCCACUCGCACUGGAGACAUGGCGUCAAAAGAGAGGUAUGAAUCUUUGAAGGAGUACGCACGGCUAUGGCGACAAGUCGUCGAGAUGGAGGCAGCCUAUAGCAGUAAUAGUGGUGAAAAUGUAGUCACCAUCAUGGGAAUCAAGAUUCAGUGGAAAAAGAAGCGGGGAGAGAUUCAAGGGACGUUCACGGUCCCAGGGGAGUUCGCACGAGGCUGCUGCUUCCUCAUCAGGUCAGGUGACCAGCUGUGCGUCAGAUAUGCAAAUCUACACAGCACCAGUGACGUCAUAAAUACAAGAGCGAGCGAGGAUUCAUCAACAGAGGAGAGUGAUGACACCUCCGACGAGGACAGCUUUGCAUCAACGUGUUCUGAUGCCGAAGAUUUACCAGAAGAUGCUCUCAACAACAAUGACAAGGACGGACCAACGCGAAUGCGGAGUGCAGUGGAAGGACUGGUGGAACAAAGCGAAGAAUGUGCCAUUCUAGAGGAAAUCUGCCUCAACAAACAUCCUGAACGUCUUCAGCUGGCGGAUCAAGACUUGAAAGCAAGAUCCAAAGACCAUGACCUGGGCACCCUGGCAUCAGGGCAUCAAGGAUCGGUACAUCUGAACAACUACCAAAGGACAGCAGUGCAGAGGGCCCUGUGCUGCCCCUUCUCUGUCAUACAGGGACCACCAGGCACAGGAAAGACCGUCACAGGCGCACACCUGGCUUAUAAGUUCGCCAAAAGGAACCGAAAUGCCCGAAGUGGAGACGUUGUUAUGUACUGUGGACCUUCAAACAAAUCCGUUGACGUGGUCGCAGAGUUGUUGAUGGACUGCGGGUUGAAAGUCCUGCGUGUCUACAGUAAGAGGAUAGAGGAGACAGACUACCCUAUCCCAAACUACCCACGACCGUCUCAGAACAAGAAAUCCAACGACAAACUCAGGAGCAUCACCCUACAUCACGUCAUUCGGCAGCCUGGUACUCCAUACGGACAACAACUCCGUGAGAUGGAAGAAACAUUCCGAAGAAAACAGCAGCAACAAGAGCCCAUAUCAGACGGGGAAGUCGACAGUUAUCUGAGGCUCAUCUGGGAGGCAUCUUGUGAAAGAAUCAAAGGUGCGGACAUCCUUUUGUGCACCUGCAACGUGGCUGCCGACAAGAAGUUCACUUCAGAACCUGCUCCGGUCAAACAGUGCAUCAUUGACGAGGCUGGGAUGUGUAUGGAACCCGAAUCACUCAUUCCUAUCUCCAGCUUUCCUCUGCAGCAGGUUGUCCUGAUCGGUGAUCACCAGCAGCUACAGCCCAUAGUUGCCCAGCCUGAUGCCAGAGACCUGGGGCUGGGUGUGUCCCUGUUCCAACGGCACGCCGAGAAGGCCUACAUGUUACAGAUCCAGUACAGAAUGCAUGAGAAAGUAUGUGAGUUUCCAUCACAUCGGUUCUAUGACAACAAGCUGGAGACAGCUGACUCUGUUAAAGCCCGUCGUCCUGACAUGGUGCCUGCCAGCUUCUGGCCCUCCGGAGGUAGUCCAGUUGUCUUCUGCCAUGUUGAGGGUGUGGAGGAGGCCCUUCCUGUAGCAUCAGCAGAGGGAGGGGUCAUGUCACAGAGCAACCAGCAGGAGGUCCACAAAGUGGUCCAAGUUGUGAGUGACCUUGUAGUCCACCACCACGUGAAGACCUCUCAGAUCGCAGUGCUGUCCCCGUACAGAGCCCAGGUGCACCAGAUCACUGAGACUCUGAAGGAGAGGAAACUGGACACGGUUUCUGUGAGGACAAUUGUGGACAGCCAAGGAAGUGAGUGGGACUACGUCAUCCUGUCCACGGUACGUUCCCUGCCCCAGGGGGAGAUCCCAACCCAACCCUCGCGCAGGUGGAUGAAGGACCAGCUGGGGUUCCUGACCGAUGACCACCAGAUCAACGUAGGACUGACCAGGGCCAGGAGGGGCAUCAUUAUCGUGGGUAACAAGAACUUGUUAUCGACCUACAAUACCUGGAGCGACCUGGUCAACUUCUAUGAGAAGAAGGGCUACCUGGUCGACGCUACGCAGUUCCCCUGAAGCAUACACUUUACAUGGUCAUACAGAAGUCUGUACAUUUUGUAACUCAUUGUAAAAGGGAGAUCAUGUAGCAUUACUUCAAGUAUGACAAAAAACCUAUUGGAGAAUGAUACAGUUUUUAAGACUUUAUAUCCGUACACAAAAUAAAGCGCUUA